GACGAAUAGACGUGUGUGUUCGUUUGUGUGACCCACGCGCCGGUCAGGACGGAAAUAGCUUCGCAGAUUUUGUCCUUUGGUACGAAGGUUUCAGGGAAAGAGAUUUUAGAGUUGAUUCGUGACUGUUGAAUGUGAAUAAUGAUUUUACGACUACAUCAAUGCUGACCUUGGAGGUGAAUGUUGUGAAAGGUGCCACUGUGAUAUUCCGGAAGGCAGGCGACGGUGUAAACUUACACGAAAAGUAUCGUCUGAAAUGAAGGCAUUCAUGUUCGCUUUGUGUGGGCAGCUGCAACCUGUUGUGUUGCAAGCUGAUUGUGGUCAGUAGGAGCACGUGAACCAUGUGUUUUGUGGAAGCGUGUGUGAGGUAGCGAUGUGCACUGCUGUCAACUGAUCCUCUCUUCGAACUGGCAUACCCCCUGAGCGUGUGUGUCUGUGAAGCGGGCAUCGUGGAUCCCGGCGGCGGAAGAGGGGGCAGCUGCGUGGAUGGUGGACUCAUUCCUCGCAAGCCCGUCGCUGCUGCCCCAGGCCAAGGCCUCCUCACUCCAGGAGGGGGAGGAAUGGGAGAUGUCCUGCCACCUAAGAGGCAAGCUGUUGUUGACAGACUUCGGCGUCGAAUCGAGAGUUAUCGGAGACGUCAGACUGACUGUAUACCGCGAUUCGAUCAGUCGUUCAACGGAAUUUGCGAGCAGAACAUUCAGGAGACAUUGGUGUUGAAACAGAGGUUUCUGGAGUCGAAGGCGAAAAGGGCAGCCAAGAAGACGGACAAGAAGGACAGCACGAGCAGUCUGCACACGCAGCAGAAGUUCCUGAAACGGACAGCAGAAGAACUGGACCCUCCCGGAGGAUCAGCAGAUGCCUUCGAGCCCCCCGCCAAGAUCCAAUGCACAGGGCCUGGAGGCCAGCAGCAGGAGAACCUGACCAAGUUCUCUGUGGAGAUCGUGCAGCAGCUGGAGUUCACCACGUCGGCAGCCAACUCGCAGCCUCAGCAGAUCUCCACCAACGUGACGGUGAAGGCCCUCACUAACGCGUCUGUGAAGAGUGAUGUGGCGUCCCCGAAGUCGCCGGUCGGAGGACGCGCCAGUGCGGGUGGCACGGCGAAUUCCGCAGGCGGAGGGGCUUGUGUGGACAUCGGGAACCUUGUGGAGUGCAAACAGGAGCCCGAUAGUGAGUUCGUGGACUUGGAACAAUGCGCCGCCGCCCUGGAAAAGGACGCGGCCGCAAACGGCGCCAGUUUCCCUGGCUUCUCGGACCUCAUCGGCGAUGAUACGAGCGAUGAAAUCAUUACGUCGGACGCGUUCAAAGAUCUCAUAUCAGAAAUCUCGGACUUCCACCCGGAGUUCAUGAGAGACUUCGACUUCGAGGAUAAGACAGUGGACGGGUUGACAAACGUUAACAGUGCUAGUGGUAUGUGCUCAGGUGGACAGUUGAAGGCCGAAGACGACAACAAGGACCUGCACCUGAUGGACGUUGUGGUCAAGCACAGUAGUUCCAGUCCGCUAAUGGGUGGGAAUUCCCAGUACUCGCCCCAGCCCGUGUACGACCCGCAGUCGCUCUCUAAGGCGCGCAUGGCCCCGUACCCCCCCGGGCUAGCGGAACUGAGCCCCGCUGCGCAGACCCUCAAGCAGAUGGCGGAGCAACACCAACACAAGACGCAGCUGGGAAUGAGUUUCAAUCCGGCUGGCUCCGCCAGGAACGUCAGAUCCCCCUAUGGAGAGUUUCAGUUCCCGCCGUCGGGCGGCGGACCUGGCGCUGGGGGCAACACGGGGGCAGCACCACCCUACAUGAACAAACAGGUGACCGGGUCGGGCGGAGGGAACAGUUUUGUGAGUAGCGGCCCGCAGCCGGAGCUACUGAAGCAGGAGGUGGUUUUUAGUGCUGCCCAGAUGAACGGUCGUCAGACAAUGCAGCAGCCCCAGAGCAAGCAGACGGGUUCUGCGGGCAAUCCCAUGAUGGGCACAGGGUACCCCAACCCCCCCAAACAGCAGUAUUCGCCCUACGGUAGUCCAGGGUCGUUGCCAAACCACGGUAGUCCCCAAUACCUACCCCGGGGCCAGGCGCCCCAAGGAACCCCUCAGCAUGUGGGACAGUUUAGCAGUUCCACCCCACCGAGACCGCCGUCCUGCCCCGGUACAGCGAGUCUGCAGAUCAACCAGGCGCAGCAGAUGCACAUCAACCAGCAGGGACAGCAGAUACAGGUGACUGCAGGGCAACACAUGCAGCUAAGUGGGGACCUGAAGCCGGUUGUGUCUGUAGCAGCCCAGCAAGGGAUGUAUUUCAGCCAGCAACAAGCAGCACCUGCCCCAUCAGGAUCUGGUCCAGCUCCUGGGGACACCUAUACUGUUUCACAGUCCCAGACCAUCAACUUCACACAGCAGAGCCUACGUCAGCGUCCAGGUGGUGCAGCAGGGCGUCCAGGGGUGGAUGCCACUGUCGGAAGUAGACAAGCCUUGGAACAGCAACAUAAGUUGAUACAGCAGCAGCAGCAACAACAACAACAACAACAACAACAACAACAGCAGCAGCAGCAGAUGUUACGAGCACAACAGCAGGUUCUCCAACAACAGUCCCAUAUGGCGGGCAUGGUUCCGCGUCCACCCCCUCCAGAGUACAAGGCUAACCCACAGCUCAUGCUCAUGGGCCAGCAGCAGCAGCAACAGAGGUUUACAACAGUGAACAUGAGAAGAGUCGGACAACAACCAAUGCCCCCCUCAGGUCCGAUGAUGCGACCACAGCAACAGCAGCAGACACUUCAUGGUGGUGGGGGCAACAUGUAUAUUGGAGGACCUGGUGGAAUUGUGCAGCACCAGCACAGGAUGGCGGGCACAUAUGUGACACCAGGUGGACGUAAUAACCAGAGGCCACCGAAUGUCAGCAUUGGACCAGAUGGUAUCAACAUUGGUGGGCGAGGAAGUGGUGCUGAAUGGAGACAUGUUCUGAUGUCGCAACAGCAGAAUGCUGUGUUUGGGACGCAGAUGCGGCCAACGUUCACUCAAGGUGGCCAUCAGGGUUCAUUUGGAAUGGGGAGUGGCCAAGGAGGUGUUCAACUGUCAGCAGCACAGCAGAUGCAGCACCAGCAACUGGUUCAUAAUCAAGCCCUGUCAGGGUCACCAGUAAGCCAAAUGCAGAUGAUCUCACAGCAGCAGUCCCUGGGUCUCCAGUCAGCGGCAGUUCCAACUAAUGCUACACAGAUGUCAAUGAGCCUGCAGAUGUCACAGUCAAUGUCAGUGAGUGCAGGAGGGGGAGGCUCACCCCAUCACCACUCUCAUCAUUCCCAGCAGCCUGCAGCCCCACAGCAGCAGCCCAUUGUAAGCUAUGGAGGGAGUCCUGUUGGCGCAGGAGCAGGGAACCCAGGACCACCACCUCCGCAGCAGCAACAGCAGCACCCCCCAGCCACAUCUAGCUCAGUAGCACCAGUCUCAUCUGCACAGCAGAGUGUGUCACAGCCCCCACCGCCCACUCCAGACUUUAGUCUUGAAUUCCUUGAACACUUGCCAACUGGAGAUUCGAGUCAUUUCUCGGCAGCUGCCCAGGAACUGCUCAAUUCUCUUGAUUCAACCUCAGCAUUCAACCUGGACAUCCUUUAAAACAAAUGAAAUUUCUUUCUGUCUCAAAUGUGCUGCAAAGUUUAAGAUGGCCAUUCCACUACUAGUGUAUGUUUGAUUUCUUGUAUAUUUGAAGAAUACUCCCUUCUGGGAUGUCAUGUCAUGUAAUGUGAGAGAAUUUAUACUGGGCUACAUGGCAUUACAUCCCAAAAGAUUGUACUUUUCGUAGUCAUGCUGUGAGAAUCUCGAAUCCAAUAUCAUAUACAUUUGUAUAUGAAGAAGAUACAUGUUUGUGUAACCUCCUGCCAGAGUCGUACUUUAUUCACAACAGUUUCCUUGUCAGGUUUGUCCUGUAUGUUCCUUUUUGUAUGCAUAAAAUGCUGUUGGCAAGGAACAGUUAGUGCUCUGUUGUAAGCAACUAAGAUGUUGAUCCUUGGCACCUAAUUUGGCAGGUAUUGUCAAUCUCCAUGACAAUUCCUCCAAUAGUAUUGUAACGUGUGGCGUUACUGAAGAUGCCAUUCGGAUUGUUAAUUGGUUUAUUUAACAAUGUACAAGUC